AUGGGAAAGCCCCCCAAAAAGAAAUUGCCAGCCCCCGAGCAAAAUAUCCAGAGAUCCGCUGUGGAGCACAAGUUGGAAACCGGGGACUAUCAGGAGCCGAGUGCCGUGGCUUGCCCUAAUCCUUCUGGAGCUCCCCCUGUGGAAGUUGGCGACCCCAUUGAGAUUUCAUGGAAGACUUUACUCUCGGUCCUGAGGUCCAUGGAAGAAUGCUCAGAAAAUAUGAGGAGCUCAUUGGUGCCGCAGUUCAUCACUUCUCAGCCAGUCCUGCCCAGAAAGAAGAUUACUGCCAAGUCUGAAAAAAUUAGGAAAGGACGAUCAAGUGCUCUCCCAGUUAUACUGAAAUCUGGUGAAAAACCCAACCUUCUAAUCCAAAAGGAAAGGGAGCUAAGUGCCACUGUUCACAAUCCCAAUCAAGAUGGAGGAAAAAGUAGAAUCGGAUCAGGACACGUUGAGCCCUGCGGAAAGACUCCUAAAGGAGACACGUGUUAUACAGCAAGCAAAACCAAGUUAGAACCAACAGCAUGCGAGACAAAUUACACCCAAAUAGAGCCUAAAACCUUAGUCCAAAAACAGAGGGAGGUGCCAACUGUAAUUUCUCAAGAAAAUACAUCUCUGACUCACAAAUUCAAGAAAGGAAACAUAGGACUGCCAAAUCCUAAGAUAGAAGCACUGACUCGGCCUAAAUUGUCAUCUCAGGAGAGUGGCCGCCGUGGAGCCAACAGAAUUUUCCGACAGAAAUUAAAUAGCAACAUCAAUGCCCUCCCUCACCUGGACUGUCCAGCCAAACCAAGUUUGAUGACAACUGCUUUGAAGUCUCUUCAGCAAAACGCACUUUUCCCACAAAUAGCCACCAAGAACUUUCAGUCUAUGACAAAUCUGCAUUCGCUUGAUAACCGAUCUCAAGUCCAACCGUUUCCUCCCACCGACUCUGAAAACAUCCCCAGAGGGCUGAGCAGUAAAUCUGGAGACACCGAGAAGACUCACAAUCUCAAGUUCCCACUGACUUCAGCAGAAGCCUUGAAACAUUUUAAAAACCAACUCACCCUCUAUGAACAACGAGAAAUCAAGGACUAUAAAGAGCUGUGGUUUCUUGGCCUGGGCGCAAAGAAGAUUGAGGGCUACAUUGAUGGACAGAACAGCAGCACUUACGAUGAUGACCACGGUUCCUAUAAAAAGGUACUAAGCGAUCAUAUUGCAUAUAGAUACGAAAUCCUGGCUAUAAUUGGGAAAGGAUCCUUUGGGCAUGUUGUGAAGUGUUUGGACCACAAGACCGGUGAAAAAGUAGCAGUGAAAAUAAUAAGGAACAAAAAGAGGUUCCACAGUCAGGCUUUGGUUGAAGUUGACAUCUUAAAUUCGCUACGGCAAAAGGACCAAGAUAACACAUACAACGUCGUCCACAUGAAAGAGCAUUUUUGCUUCCGUAAUCAUUUCUGCAUCUCCUUUGAAUUAUUAGGUUUAAAUUUAUACGAAUUAAUCAAGAAAAACAACUUCCAAGGUUUUUCUUUGGGUUUGAUUCGCCGUUUCACCCAUUGCAUCUUAAGAUGUCUGCAACUCUUAUACACGGAAAAAAUUAUCCACUGUGAUCUGAAGCCUGAGAACAUAUUAAUAAGCCAGUCUUCAGCUGGACAAAUUGCAUUCAAAGUUAUUGAUUUUGGAUCGAGCUGCUAUGAACAUCAAAGAGUGUACACCUAUGUCCAAAGCCGGUUUUAUCGUUCUCCAGAAGUCAUUCUGGGCCACCCGUACACAACCUCAAUCGAUAUGUGGAGCUUGGGUUGCAUCAUAGUUGAGCUCUACACGGGGUGCCCCCUUUUCCCAGGGGAAAAUGAAGUGGAGCAGCUUGCCUGCAUUAUGGAGAUCUUAGGACUUCCACCAUCUGAUUUCAUUCAAACUGCAUCAAGAAAACGAACGUUCUUUGAUUCCAACGGUGUUCCGAAAAGUGUCACAAACACAAGAGGGAAAAUAAGGAACCCAAAUUCUAAAGAUCUGAGCGCCGUCUUGAAAACAUACAAUGGCACCUUUCUGGAUUUUCUCAAGAAGUGCCUCGUAUGGAAACCUUCUUUGCGCAUGAUUCCAGAAGAAGCCAUCCACCAUGCAUGGAUGGAGGAGCCAUGGCCGCCCAGACUGAAACAGAAGCCCAAGAUGGCGACGAAGCUGAGUGAGGCAACUUUCUACACCACGGAGAAGAAAAAGGAAAACGCUCAUAAAAAUACACAGUUAGAAAAAGGAGAUGAAAUCGCUCGGCAGCAGUCCAGCACAGAAGUAAAAACUGACCCACCUGAAAAAUUACCUCUUUCGCAUCAAAAACUUUCUCCCGUUGCGUUGUCCGAAGAAAUAAAUAAAGAGGAAAACCAGAGCUCAGUUAAACAGGAAACUCCCACAAAGGAAGCAGAACCUCCAGUGGAUAAAGUGACUAAAAGAGAACUCAGGCCUGGGAAGGUAUUGCGGAAAAAUACAAGCAUCUUACCACCCAUUAAGUUCAAGCAGUGA